AUACACUUUCGCUAUUGGCUGAGGACGAAGGAAACUUGUGCUCCUAUUGGUUACAUAAAUUGAGCCCUCGAUCCAAAUGCUUAGUACAAAUAGUUAGAAACCGUUCCACCGGUCUACUUUCGGUUACAAUCGCAAGUAUCAAGAACCUAAACAAUGUCUGGACGUGGUAAGGGAGGCAAGGCCCGUGCGAAGGCAAAGAGCCGUUCAUCCCGUGCAGGGCUUCAGUUCCCUGUCGGCCGUGUGCACCGUUUCCUGCGCAAGGGCAACUAUGCCGAGCGUGUUGGUGCCGGCGCCCCGGUCUACCUGGCCGCCGUGCUGGAGUACCUGACCGCUGAGAUCCUCGAGUUGGCCGGCAACGCUGCCCGUGACAACAAGAAGACCAGGAUUAUCCCCCGUCAUCUUCAGCUGGCCGUCCGCAACGACGAGGAGCUGAACAAGCUUCUGUCCGGCGUGACCAUCGCCCAGGGAGGUGUGCUGCCAAACAUCCACGCCGUGCUCCUGCCAAAGAAGGCUGCUUCCAAAUCCAGCUAAAUUCAUCGCCUGAACCAAGACCCCGGCCCUUUUCAGGGCCACCCACUCACUCCCAAGAGAACUGUUGUUGAUCACGCUCUGAAAUGACCUUUAGAAUGUUGACGGGCUAGGUACAGGUUGCUAAUGCCGGUGUUAAGCU